AUCCCACGUGACGUCACGGCGCGGUGAUGUAAUGCUGCUGUAAAUAGCUCAUAUUGUAAUCGCGCUUCAGUCCGGCGCGCGAGAGCAACCUCGCUGGUGGCGUUGAGCGCGCGCUUCGGCUUUUCAGGUUCCCAGUGAUGAAUGAUGAUCAGGACAGGCCGUAUGUAUGCACUGCUCCCGGAUGCACUCAGUGUUUCCAAAGAGAAGAUCACCUAAUCAUUCACAGACACAAACAUGAGAUGACCCUCAAGUUUCCCUCCAUCAAGUGUGAGAACACACUGUCAGAUCAGACGCCGACUCCAACACGCUUCCUGAGAAACUGUGAGGAGGUAGGACUCUUCAGUGACCUGGAGCUCGAUCAGACAACAGAAGAUGAAGAGGAAGACGCCAGGCAGAACUUUGCAGUGCAGCAUUCAUCAGUUUUGAGCCAGCCUCCUGAUGAGAGCCAGCGGCAGCAUCAUCAGUUCCAGCCCCAGCAGCCCCAGCAGCAGCAGUGCUCCCUGGCCCAGCUCCAUGACAGCCAUCUCCACGCACACACCUCUCAGCCUACAUCUCACUGCUCCAUGGCACGACAACCAACCCACAGCACUGCCAACACACAGUCAGCACCCAGCUGUCUUCACAGCAAACAGAGACUUCCUGCAGCCUGUGCUAUGCAAGGAACAUCUACUAUGCAUAUGAACACCCAGUUAAGUAUGGACACCAACCUCAUUGGAAUACCAGGCCCUGCCCAUUCUGCAUCAGGCCCUACUCACCAGAGGUCAAAGGUCAUGCCAAGCCAGACACACCCCGCAGUAUCCAAUGGGAAUCAGAACCCUGCGUAUCACACGAUGGAGAUGAUGUCAUCACAGCAACACAGGAGGGCAGGUCUACCACUGACACACCUGCCAGCAGCGCCUCACCCUUCUUAUCAGCAGCACUGUCACAGCCAAUCACAGCAAAGACACCAACAUCAAAGUCAAGAGCUGUCACCUCACAGCUGUGCCCACCACUCUCCCCCUGCACACCUGCACCCAGGCCCCGCCCAUCUGACCGCCACUCACCUGACACAUCAGCCGAUACCUGCACAGAUAUCUCCGAUUCUUAAAAAUGCACCCUGCUCACAGUCUCCUCCACACAUGAGCGGAGGGAGACGCAGGCGGACGGCAGACGAUGACCCAGACGAACGCAGGCGGAAGUUUCUGGAAAGGAACAGGGCUGCAGCCUCCCGCUGCAGACAGAAAAGGAAGGUCUGGGUGACAUCACUGGAAAAGAAGGCUGAGGAGCUCACACAUACCAACCUGCAGCUGCAGAAUGAAGUGACGUUGCUCAGGUCAGAGGUCACUCAGCUGAAGCAGAUUCUGCUGGCUCAUAAAGACUGCCCUGUCACUGCCAGGCAACGAGAAACGCAUGGGGGCAGUCCAACAGGAAGUCCCAUUCAGGCACACACCGUCCAACUCAAUAGCAUCUCAACGACCAGUACCCCUACAGCACACACACACCUCACCGCUCACGCCCAUUCUGCCAGCUAAAUGCAAUUCUAACACGCACUUUUGACAACACACAAUCUUUCUGUCCCUUUUUUCAAGCCAUCAGUAAGUUUCUUCAAAGGGCUCAGAAGAGAAAGUGUGUAUUUAAACAGAACCAAACAGUCAUUGCUUAUGUCAAAAUGAGCUCAUGUUAUAUAAACUACACUCUGUCUGUACAUUUCAUCUCCAUUCAGAAUGCCAUGUAUUAUUAAAAAAGAGACCUUAAAGGAAUACUCCAGCAUUUUGUCAUCUAAUGUCUACUAGAUAUGCAGCUUACAUUUGAUUAUUGUAGAUUGCUGAAGAAACUGCCCAUUGACUGUAUGUUGUGAGCCAAUGGUUUGUUUUCUUUUAUGAAGUGCAGUGAAAUUAUUGUGUUUUGCAAGCAGCCAGAUUAGGCUGAAAAGCACUGGAGUAUUCCUCUAAAAUGGAAUUCCACCUAUUAGUCUUCAAUUCUGGAUAAUUUAGUUGUUCGGAUCCAAAGUCCUUCAGAGCAUUUUGAUGGAAAUUUAUUUACAGUGGUGCUGAUAGGAAACAGGUCACAAUGUCUGAAGUGCAAUUCAAAACGUCCAGACGUCUUUUGGGUUCUUAUGUCAUAACAAAAACAAAACAAGAAUCUCCAAAAUGGUCAUUUUACAGGUCAAAACAUUCUUUACUUUUAAUGUAAGUCAAUGUAAAGAUCAGACUUUUUGUCCAUUCAACAUUAUAUUUUGAUACAAUGUACAAGACAGCUGUUGCUGUACAAAUAAUGCAGAAAAAUCCAAAUAAAUAAUGGAGAUUAAUUAUAGAUAAAUGUUUUUAUUUGGACAGCAACAUCAUACAAUGUUGACAAAGGUGGUAAAUCUGAAAGUCUUCUUUAGGGACUGUUUUGCCUGCAUGUACCUCUCCACCAUGACUGGAUUUAAGGCCAAACUUGGACGUAAAUCUACCAUAAAACAAUGUCUCAAGCAUCAGACACAGUAUUCAUCACCAUUUUGCAUAAUAACGUUGAGGUUUUAGAGGCUUUAAACUUUUUGAACACCUGGUUCCUAUCACCACCAACAUGCACAAUUCUGUGAAUUUCUCUAAAAUAGCAUGUUUUGUAUCAAAACUCUCUUAAUGACUUUGCUUACAUCUUAAUGACUGAAAUUUGCACCAAGAAAUGGGUGGAGUUCCCUUUUAACAUGGAUAAGGGACUGAUGGACAACAGCCUGUCCGAAGCAGCGCAUCUCAGGUUUAACUGAGGGACAUGAACGGCGGAAUAUAAAUCCCUCCACACUGUGACAGCCUGGAGUAGGCCUACUGGAAAAGCUGUCAUGCUUUGGUCUGUCUUCUUUCCAGCAUUUUUGAGAAUUCUUUGCCCAGUGGUAUUUCCUCAGGGACUCUAACUCCUGGUGAUUAUACAAGUAUCUGUAUGUUUAUUGCCUGUUUUCUUUUUUUCUGCCACUUUAAUUUCAUCUGCAUUGGCCAAACAGCUCAGUUUGAACAGCUGAAAUGCCGGAUGAGAACAUGACUAGAAAGAAAAUCCUUCGUUAUCUAUCAGGGGAAUGUAUGAUAUUGUAAAUAUGUGAAUGGAUUGUUUGGCAUUGCUUUGAAUUGCAACUGCACCUUUAGCUAUUAGCUGCGCCUUUGUCCUCAUGGGACAGCAAACAGUGUCAGAGGCUUUUCUUCAGUGAACUGAUCAGGUACCACAUCACAUAUAGAAAGAUAAUGCGCCAUCCAAGAAUAUUUCACCACAAUAGUGCAUUUUAUAUGAGAUUAUUCAGGCAACAUGUGAUAUAUAUCAUAGACUAAUAGGCAUCCAGUACUUUUCCAUGUCAGCACAGCAGGGCACCAGUAUAAGGGAAACACUUUGAACAGUGUAGGAAAUCGUAUCACUCAUCAACAGUACACGUCACUUGUGGUAAAGUAAUAACACCUUGAGAAAACUGCUAAUUCCCUUCACUGCAAUUUGUUACAGAAUGUUCAGUGUUUGACUGCUCAGCGUCACAAAGCGUGAGAGACUAUCACUCGGCCUAACUGUUCAGGUGUGAAGACAGCGUUUUCCAUGUACAGUUUUUGAGAAGAAAAUCCAUAUUCCUUUAUUUUUGUACCAACUAACAAAUUUUAUUGCUAUUUCUAAAUAAAAAGAACUCGCUUUA